CAGAAGCAGGAAGAUAGUUACAGACAGUGAAGUCUAUUAACAUUAGGAAGUAGAGUCAUUCUGGCUGGUACCUUGGUACUUGACACACAUUUGUACUCAGGUACCAUAUAAUAUACCAGGCAGACUGAAACAAUAAACAUGGCUCUUCAUCUCUCCCUCCUCCUCCUCUUCCUCAUCCUCUACAGAGUCUCAGCAGGUAUGUAUGUGUCUGUGCAGACAGGAGGCUCCAUCACCAUCCCAUGUAGCUAUGAUCUGAAUCACAUCAACCAUGUGAAAUACUGGUGUAAAGGAUUACUUUGGGAAGGAUGUUCUUAUGUGGUACGCACUGACCAUCCUAAGAUCAGUGGUAAGGCCUCAAUCUCUGAUGACAUCAACAAGAGAAUCUUCACUGUGACCAUGACUAACCUGAAGUCACGGGACUCUGAGAAUUACAGGUGUGUUGUGGAGAUCAAUGGAGGACCAGAUAUCAGGAUACAAUGGUUCUACCUAUCUGUCACUCCAGCUACUCCAGAACUCUAUGUGGACCAACAGGAAGUGACUGGAGUAGAAGGAGGGAGUGUCACUGUCCGUUGUUACUCUAGUAACUCUGGAGAUAUGAAGUGGUGCAGGAUGGGUGGUGAUUGUGUGAGUUUGUAUUCUGGGACUUUACAUGGAACAUCAGUGACAUUAAAGCGGACUAGUGAUGCCAACAACAGAAAAGUCUUAACAGUGACUAUGAGUGGACUGAAGAUGGAGAACACUGACUGGUAUUGGUGUGAAGUGGGACAACUAGAGUUGCCUGUUCACAUCACUGUCAGUCAACAAACUGCAACACAGAGAACCACUACAAUGACGUCAACAACCCAAGCUCCAACCAAUCAACAACCCUAUGUCUCUCCAACUGCUGAGCCUGUUCAGACUGACAACACAAGUCAAGGAGCUGAGGGGAACAUGGAGGACGUCCACCAGAG